GCAAGAAAGUAUAGAGCAGUCUUUGCGCUAGAUAAAUACCACCUAAUAUACUUUAUAAGAGCCCGCAAGUUUAUUAAUAUAAAAGCUAUAGUUAAUAUACAGGGCUUUACCGAAGGCCCUAUAAUAGACCUAAGAAUACUAGAAGUUUAG